CCAUAUGUAGCUGCGGAGGGGGCGAGGCCGUGGAGGGCUGGGCCCCACGGGUUGGCCGGGGCGGGGCCGAGAAGGGCAGGGCUGUGGCCGGGCCGAGCCCGUCCACUGAGAGUAGAAGGGGCGCCGGAGCCGGGCCCGGGCCGGGAGGUGGAGACAUGACUUCCCGCAGGUGGUUUCACCCCAACAUCAGUGGGCUGGAGGCUGAGAAGCUCCUUCUCACCCGAGGUGUCCAUGGCAGCUUUCUGGCCCGGCCAAGCAAGAGCAACCCUGGGGACUUCACCCUCUCCGUCAGGAGAAAUGAGGAGGUGACCCACAUUAAAAUCCAGAACUCGGGGGACUACUAUGACCUAUAUGGGGGCGAGAAGUUUGCCACACUGGCUGAGCUGGUACAGUACUAUACAGAACAACACGGCCUGCUGCGGGAGAAGAAUGGAGAUGUCAUUGAGCUCAGAUACCCACUGAACUGCCAAGACCCAACAUCCGAGAGGUGGUACCACGGGCACCUCUUUGGCAAGGAGGCGGAGAAGCUGCUGACCGAGAAGGGCAAGCCUGGAAGCUUCUUGGUGCGAGAGAGUCAGAGCAAGCCGGGGGACUUUGUGCUCUCCGUCCUCACCCAGGAGCUGGACAAGCUGGAUGGCGGGGACCGCCGGCCCCGGGUCACCCACGUCAUGAUCCGCUUCCAGGCGGACGGCAAGUACGACGUGGGCGGCGGGGAGCGCUUUGACACCCUCACGGACCUCGUGGAACACUACAAGAAGAACCCCAUGGUGGAGAAGUCAGGGGCCGUCGUGCACCUCAAACAGCCAUUCAAUGCCACCAGGAUAAAUGCUGCCAACAUCGAGAACCGUGUUAAAGAGCUGAACAAGAUGGCAGACCAGAGCGAGAAGGCCAAGCAGGGAUUCUGGGAGGAGUUUGAGAUGCUUCAGCAGCAGGAGUGUAAGCUCUUGUACCCACGGAAGGAGGGACAGCGCCCGGAGAACAAGGCCAAAAACCGCUACAAGAACAUUCUCCCUUUCGAUACCACCCGUGUGACCCUUCGAGAGGUGGAUGGGAGCGUGCCAGGUGCCGACUACAUAAAUGCCAACUACAUCAAGAGCAUCCCUGAGGAUGGCCAGAGCCAGGAACCUUCGAAGGUGUACAUAGCGACCCAGGGCUGCCUGCAGACCACGGUCAAUGACUUCUGGGCGAUGGUGUACCAAGAGAACACGCAUGUCAUCGUCAUGACAACCAAGGAGAUGGAGCGAGGACGGAACAAGUGCUUUCGCUACUGGCCGGAUCAGCACUGUACCAAGGACUACGGCUGUGUGCGGGUGCAGCAUGUGUCCGAGAGGGAGGCUCAAGGAUACUACGUGCGGGAGCUGGAGAUGGGGCGUACGGACAGGGAGGAGCAGCCCAGGAAGGUCACACACUACCAGUACUUCAGCUGGCCAGACCACGGGGUCCCCACGGAGCCUGGGGGUGUCCUCAGCUUCCUGGACCAGGUGAACCAGGCGCAGAGCAGUGUCCCGGGCUCUGGCCCCAUUGUGGUGCACUGCAGCGCUGGCAUCGGCCGCACCGGCACUAUCAUCGUGAUUGACAUCCUGGUGGACACGAUUCGCCGACAGGGGCUGGACUGUGACAUCGACAUCCCCAGGACCAUCCAGCGGGUGCGGCAGCAGCGCUCUGGAAUGGUGCAGACGGAAGCCCAGUAUAAGUUUGUCUACAUGGCUGUGCAGAGGCAUAUUGAGGGUGAACAGUGGCGGCUGCAGGAGGAGCAGCGCAAUAAGCAGAAGGAACGGGAAUAUCUGAACAUUCGCUCCCCCCCCUCCGACCCCUCCCGAAGCAAAGGGCUGUCACCCUCCCGCGCCCAGUCUGUGAUGAGCGACGAUUCCGCCUGCAUCUAUGAAAACCUGAACGUGAGGGCCCCCUCGGUGUCCGGCCUGAGCAACGUGGGGAGAUAGGGCUGAGGCCCCAGGGCUGGUCAACUUCGCCUCUGUCCACCCCUCUGUCCUGCUGGAGCGAAGCCCUCUGGGCCGUGCCUGGAGCCUGAAGCAGGAAGCUGCUGGGAGCCAGGGGCAGAGCGUGUGGGCUGGAGGCUGCCGGCGCUCCCCCUGCCCUGGCAUCGCCAGAGCGGCUGCAGCUUUUCUUGGUUGGGGUUUUUAAAAAAAGGAAAUUGGGGGGGGUUUGUUUUGUAAAAAAGUCUGAUAGAGUGGCUUCUCCCGGGGGCUUGGCCUUUCCAGGAAGCCCUAUUUUGGGGGGCCAGGGUCCCCCUUCUCACUGUGCCCACACCUUUCCCUUGGGAGAGCGAGCGGGGGCUGGAGAUCAGACCGGGAGGGGCCCGCUCCGUCUUCUGUUUCUUUCCAGCAGAAGGGGCUCAGACAGCUCGGGGGAGCUGCCCCUCCCGCUGCCGACAGGGCGUGUGUCUGCGGGCAUUCACGAGGGGGGCCUGCGUUUCUGUGGGUAACCGGAUGUACGUGUGACACUGAACCUUUGAAUGUGCAAUCCGUGUUCGAUGGGUGUGCACAAUGUGUCUGUGAUGCUGUGGUGAGUGUGCGUGUGUGCGUGUGUGUGUGUGUGUGUGUGAGUCAGUCAGUCAGUCAGUCAACAAGCUUAUUUACAACAGUUAAGUGCCAGGCCCUGGAUACAGAGAAAGGCAGAACCCCCUCUCGGUGUUCAAGGAGCUCACAGUCUGCAGCCCCUGGCUGGGGCUGAAUCGGAAUCUGUGACUCUUGUGUUCAAGCAUGUGUGUAUGUAUCUGGGGGGUCCCCUCCCCUCCCCUCCCUUCCUCCACUUGGUACCCCCCCCUUCCCUGUAGGCUUCACAGGGAAUGCUCCCACCUUGGCCCCAGCAUACAACUGGCCUCUUCUGACUUUGUUUCUAGUAAAUGCUGGACCUUCUCAUUA